CUCUUCCUCCUCUGUUUGACCUUUGACAGUCUGCCAAGAUGUUUAACUAUGCUGGCUGGAAGAACACGUGUAACUACAUCUUUAUCCUCUUCGCUGCAAUUUUCAUCAUCACUCGACUUGUUAUCUUUCCCUUCUGGAUCAUGUACUGGACCUGGGUGUACCCCCUGACUCUCUACCCUCCCUUCUUCGGGUACUACUUCUUCAACAGCCUCAUGCUGACGCUGCAGUGCCUCCACAUCUUCUGGGCCAUCCUCAUCAUAAGGAUGGCAGUUCGUUUCCUUUCAAGCAACGAAACCGUGGAGGAUGAGCGAAGUGACAAGGAUGAGACGGAUGAUUCGGCGGAGGAGGACGAUAAGACAAAAGUUGGCCAGAAGAAUGGACCCGUCCAGAACGGCCACACAGCCCACAACAACAACCAUGCCAAGGCAGAGUGACAGAAACAGAAGAAGAAAGAGUGUGCAAACUCAUGACCCUCAGCGUGAGAGAGGAGAGCAGGAAAAAGAGAAAGGGAAAGAUGAAAGAGGGUAUGUCAAUGAUGGAGAGGAAGAGGUAUUCAGGUCCGUGACUUUGGAUACACUACAUUACUGUAACCUGGACCUGAAACAUAUACACCCCCCCCCCACACACACACACACUUUAAUUGUUAAACUCACACAUAGAUGCACACACCAACUCAGCUGCACAAUUGUUUUUUUCCACAUAACUUAUGUUGGCCUCAUAUGGGUGGCCUUGGGUAAGCUAUAAUGAGAGAGAGAGGGGAAAUGGUGAUGAGAAAAGUGACAAGAGACAGAGGGGUCAGAGAUAGGAAGGGGGAGAGAAUGAUGCUGCUUCAAGUCAAGCUUUCCUUACAGUAUUGGUGUGCCUUAAAGCCUUUUAUAGUCAUUUCUUUAGUUUGGGCUUCAUCUGCCUUGAUCCCACAGUAUGUUGUCCAUCGUGUCUAUGCAGAGUUCCCUUUCCUGGGAUGCCAUAUGGAUGAGAAAACAUACAGGAGGGUGACCAAGUGAGUCUGAAAGAGAAUGAGACGCAUUGAGGAGGCAUUCAUUAACCUGGUUUGAUGAUUCUAACUAUGCAAAGAUGUUUGUUUUGUCGAGUUCCUGUGCAACCUGUGUUUGUUUGUGUAUGUAUGCUCGUGUACACCUUCGCAGCUUCUGAUACUGGUAGUCAGAGUGCAAGUUUACCUCUGCUCUCUCGUCACUGUCCAGUAGGGUCAUUUUCACUGACCCUUGAGAAUCAUUUUUCAGGACAGAGUCAGGGUUUAGGGUCAAUUCUUUUCAUUCAGCACACGAGAUUGAUUUAAAUUCAUGUUAUGAGUAUGAAAACGUUUGAUUCAUGGACUGACUUUUGCUCUGUACCGAACUGGCUGUUUUCAGACACAGGUUUCUGCCUUUUUACAUGAUUCUGAAGAUCUCCAGAGGGGUGUUGCUCCCGUGCCAUUGCUGUCCUCCACUGUGAGGACACUGCUAUGGUGGAGACAAUGGUGCUCAUGCAAGACUAAAACAUAUCGAACGCCUUUUGUUUAUGUUUGAUGCAGAGAAAUUAUGUUUCCUGAUUCGGCCCCUAUCAGUCACUAUCAGUUUUUCCUUUUAAAUUAAAAGCCCAAAGAGACUCUGAUUAAUGGAGCUGACAGUCAGGAACCCAAAUGCUGCCAAAUUGUAUUUUUGUAAUCUUUUAACUGUUAUAUUUUUCUCGAAAAUCAGUUUGGACCAGUUGUGUGGUCUCAUUCCAGUGUGGUACGUAUGGCUCAUGCUUUUAACCAGAAACCUGUUUCCCUCUUCAAGGACUUGAGGCUCAGUGUCAACCAAAUGUUUACCAUCAGUAUUACUCAUUUUGGCAGGAGUUCUGUCUACAUAAGAGCUAGAUGCCAGCUUACCAAGAAUAGCAUCCUGAAAGUGUUUGCAAAGUGGAAGGUCUCUGGUUUGAUAUGGUCUAACUUGGUUCUGAACAAUGUGAUCCAGUAGAAUCUUCCUGACUGACACAGAUGUCAUCAAGAAAAGACAUGGAUCGAUCCAUCUGGAUUGACAUGGAUCGAUCCAUCUGGAUUGACACGGAUCGAUCCAUCUGGAUUGAUCUGCCAAGAUACAGAGUUUUUUUUUUAUCUCAGGUGACUGGAAUGGGCCUGAAGAACUACGUCCAUGUGUAUUGCUGGACAAAUUGAGGCCAUGCUAGCCAGGAGUUGUAUGUUCUAUGUGAGAUUUUAAGUGUUAUUCACUUUUGCCAGUGAUCUGAGGUAUGAUUUCUAUUUGAAAAACGGGUUUACAGGUAUUUCAUGCAAAAUGUAUAUUACAGAAAUUGCAAGAUCUUAAGAUCUGAACUCAAUCACUCUGUUAACAGAAGUAGAAGUGUUGUAUUUUUAUCAGUAUGCUUAAAUCAUUGUUGUUGUUAAGUGCCUUAUCUGUAAAGUAUGAUGUUCUCUUAUUUCUUUGACUUUCAUCUUUGUCCAUCUCCUCCCUCAUCACUUGCACCCCCCUCCAUCUCAGUCCUCUGUCAGCUUUCUCGCUCCCCUCUCUCCCUUCAUUCAUCUCUUUGAACCAAUUACUCUAAAGUAAUCCUGCAUUCAUAACCUUUCACUGUCCUCCACAGUCCACCAUUUUGCUCAUUUUAUAUAAAUUUUUACCAAUAGCCUCAUGGUCUAUACAGUCUGUACAAAAACAGUCAUUAUUACAGUGUUAUUUUGUAUUUUCACAUGUUGAUGAUGCAAGUACUAUUAUUAUAAUUAAAAACAAAGAUCAAGAA